CUUCUCAGGCGCAAGGACAAACAGCUUGCAUCGGCGCUCUUGCGAUGUGGCGGAUCAGUAUUGGCGGCGAGACGCAGCACAGCGGCGCACCCUCAACAUUCGUGCAACUGCGCCCACGGCUGCGGCUCAGAAAUGGUUGCCGUGGCACAGGUCGUUCCCGGAUUGAUAGUGAGCAGCAUCGGCCUGGCUCUCAAUUUCACCGCGAAGCUCAUGAGCAACAACGCUAAAGACCCCGACGUGUGCACAACCAUCGAGACAUUGGUGCGCAGCAAGGGCUACCCUUUCGAGACACACGAAGUAGCCACAGAGGACGGCUACCUGCUGCAGCUGCACCGGAUACGUCACGGCAGGGAUGGACACUGCGGCGCCAACGAGACAAGCAGCGCGUGCUGCGAGCGUGGACCCCUGUUCUUCAUGACGGGCCUCCUGGCAGACUCUGCCUCCAUUGUACUCGACUUCCCCAAGCAGUCGCUGGGAUACGUAUUGGCUGACAACGGAUACGACGUGUGGCUAGGAAACGUCCGCGGUAACACCUACGGAAAAAAGCACAAGAAUUUGGACGUGAAAUCAAAGAAGUUUUGGAAUUUCUCAUUUCACGAGCACGCCAUCUUUGACGUCCCAGCUCAGGUCGACUACAUUCUGAAGGAAACUAAACGAAAGGACCUGCUCUACAUCGGCAUGUCUCAAGGCACCCUUACUUUCUUCACCAUGUUGGCGGAGAAGCCGUGGUACAACGACAGGAUCAAAGCCUUCGCUGGGUUGGCACCGUUUUUCAAGCUGGCACACCUUAAGGUGCCGCCAUUAGCUGUCUUCUCGCCCUAUGCCGAAGCACCGCUGCGACUGGUCCAUGCCGCGGGUGGCUACGAGCUGCUGCCACAGGGAAUGCCGGUAGCGGGUCUCGUGCGCCAGUUCUGCGGAUACGCGACGCGCGGCCUCUGCUCCCUCUUCGCCGACAACUUCGCCAAUUUCGGGAGCAGGUACAUUAACGAGUCCAGGAUUCCAGUAUACCUGUGCCACUUGCCGGCCGGGACAUCUAUGAAGAAUAUAAUUCACUUCGACCAGCUUGUGAAAUCUAAGAAGUUCCAAAAGUUUGACUAUGGAGCGUUCUACAACAAGGAUUACUAUGGAAAACGGAGUGUUCCGGAAUACGAGCUGUCCAACGUAAAGACCGACCUGGGGAUCUUCUGGAGCGCCGGCGACGAGUUCGUUCCCCCUGAAGAUGUGCGCGAACUCCUGACAUCACUGCAACGACAUGUCAAGAAGAGCUACUACAUCGACGACCCCUUCUACACGCACGUUCACUUCCUCGUGUCUACCACCAACGGAAUAUACCUUCACAAAGAGCUGCUAGGUUUCCUCUCACGCUACGAUGACAAGGGAGAAAUUUGCCCCGCCGCUUGAGCUGCUAGAAAACGCGUGUCAAGAAAAGCAAACGCGACGCGUUGGUAAACCCUGGAAGUCAACUUCAAGCAGUGCUACCAGCCUUCGAAGUCUGUUUUUCUUUAACUCGGUUACGAAAAUUCUCUUAUUUUUCAGCAUUUUUACUGAUAGGGUUGUUCAGUUUGUCAUUAUGGUUUCUGUAAAGAUGAUGUUUAAGCAAAUAGACUGCAGAACUAUAAUUUAAAUUUAUUUCUAAGCAUGUUUUAAAAUAUUUAUACUCUCAAGUCGCUUCACUAAAGCUGAAAUGAUGUCGCAUUGCAAGUUCUGAUAACAACACAGCCUGCUGCUUGAAGCCAUAUUCACAGAAGAUAUCAGGACGUUUAUACUUUCCUAUAUAUGCAAACGAAUUUAGGACAACAACAAACUGCCAAUGUUAACAUGGAAUCUUAUUCGAAUUGUAAGAAAUAUGGUCGCCGGACUACCCUUUCCGAAUUUAGCAGGGUCAAAUUAGUGGGCCAUUUCACGACACUAAUGUAAAAUAUGUGCAAUGAUUUUUUCUUUGCAUGCCGCGACGUGCUGACGUAGUACCACUACACUUGCGCGCUUACAUGUCAUUUGCAGCGCAGCACGCUGAUACACGACCAAUUUUCUGUUUUCAUGCAUGCCAAAACUCACAGAAACACGUGACCGUUUAGUUUCUACAAUGGGACUCUGUCCGUGUUUUUUUUUUUCGCUUCGUGUGCCACGCGGCAUAACAUGCUCUACCUAUGUGCGGUUUCGGGUAAAUUUUAUUGCAGCUGCACAGCGCCACAACCACCUUGCCGUACUUAGGGUUAGGUAUAUAUGCUCGCUUAUACCGAGAUUUGCCUGUGCUACUUUGUUUGGUACUGCAGCAUAGGUUCGUUUUGCUGGUUACAUAAUAAUAUUUUAUUCAAAGGGCACCUAAAUCGACAGCACAACUAGAGGUAUACAAAUGCCGAAAGCGCAGUAGCAGUGCUGCGUUUACGAGCACAGGACAUCCGUACCUUGUCGUCUACUUGGCAAGAUGCAUUCAUUACGCUGCAGUAUGGUCAUAUGUUACAUUUAGAAAGCUAAUGCAAAAGUAAUUUGCACUGACUUAACUCCGAACACGCCGUCACUUUAUCAGUUCCAUGUAUCGGUCAUCGCGGCGUCGCGGCAGUGGUUUCUCACGUCUCUGAGAUUAUUCUUUCCGCCAAGUCUUAGUGCAAUUUUUUUUUCCAGAUUUAGAUAAAUUUCUCCUUGCUCCUAAACGAAGCCUAAAGUCACUAGAGCUAGGGAAAUUUACCCAGGGUUGGCAGCACUACCUUCAACACUUGCAGCCUCCUCUAUGCAGAUUUGAUGCUAGUUGAUUGCUGUCCUCCAGCGCUGAAACUGAACUCGAGAAUGAAUGAAUCGCGGUCGUGCGAAAGGUAAUGUCAAGAAUGACAGGCAUCAUACGAAGCUUAGUAGCGCGAGGUGACAGUAUGGACUCUGCUAACGUGCUUGGCUCCUUCCGAGAAUAGCGAACGACUUGGGCUGCAGCGCAGUACCUUGCGAUUUUGGGCAGCUUGAUAAACUUGUGACUUUUGAAACAAACGACUUUUCGCACACUACCUGUCUGAUGUUCUUUCGUGCAUGUGCUGCUAUGCCGUUAGAAUCAAUGAGAAUUAGCCGUUGAAUAAAAUGUGCAUGCCAUUACUGCGGCACAGUACAAAUUCGCGUUCCUUAAUACCUGCACUUUAAAUUAUAUGCAUUGCGGUGACGUUUCGGCAUCCUCUGACUUGCCACGUUCUGUGAUUUGCAUGUGGCGAGCAUGAUGUUUGCACAGACUUUAUAAAUAAAA